AUGGAGAAAUUACUCUUAAUCUCUCUCUUACUUAUCUCAACUUCAAUUGCAACUUCACAAUCCGUGACCGAUCCGACAGCUUUUCUCCGAUGUCUAGACCGACAACCAACGGACCGAACAAGUCCUAACUCCGCCGUCGCUUACAUUCCAACAAACUCAUCUUUCACCACCGUCCUUCGCCGCCGCAUACCCAACCUCCGUUUCGACAAACCCACCACACCAAAACCACUAGUCAUCGUCGCUGCCGCCACGUGGACACACAUACAAGCCGCUCUAGGUUGCGCACGAGAGCUCUCUCUCCAAGUCAGGAUCCGAAGCGGAGGCCACGACUUCGAAGGACUCUCUUAUACAUCCACCGUCCCGUUCUUCGUCCUCGACAUGUUCAGUUUCAAAUCCGUUGACGUGAAUCUCACGGAAAGAACGGCUUGGGUUGAAUCCGGCGCUACGAUCGGAGAACUUUAUUAUCGAAUCGCCGAGAAAAGUAAUGUUCUUGGAUUUCCGGCGGGUUUGUCUACGACUUUGGGAGUUGGUGGACAUUUUAGCGGCGGAGGGUACGGAAAUUUAAUGAGAAAGUACGGAUUGUCAGUGGAUAACAUUCGGAUCCGGAAUCGUUGA